AUGGCAAAGAAUAAAAAGGCCAGAAACGCCGAUCAAAAGGCUAGAGCGCAAGCGAAACAGUCCAAAAAGGCCGCAAAAGGAGAGAAAAAGAGCAAAGCAAAAGUAGCAGCCCUGAACGCCGACUCGGAUGCCGACGACGACGUGGAUCUUGAUGCAGUGCUGGCCGCCUAUGCUGAAGAGCAAGCCAAAUUCUUGAAAGUGACGGAACAGCCUUGCGGACCUCCUAGUCCAAGAUCGUCCAGCACCCUGGUGGCCUCGCCGUCCAAUAGAAAUGAGAUCUUCCUGUUUGGCGGCGAGUAUCAUGAUGGAAGCACGGCAUCAUUCUACAACGACCUCUUCGUCUACCUCAUAGACAGGGGGGAAUGGCACCAAGUCUCCUCCGGCAACAGCCCGCUCCCUCGAAGCGGACACGCUGCAUGCCGGGGCGGCAACACCGGUGGCAUCUACGUGUCAGGCGGCGAGUUUUCGUCACCCAAGCAGAACCAGUUCUACCACUACCAUGAUUUCUGGCAUCUAGACACCGAGACCCGGGAGUGGACGAAGCUGGAGCCGCGAGGGAAGGGGAAGAACCCGCCCGCCCGCAGCGGCCACAGAAUGACCUAUUUCAAAAACUACAUCGUGCUGUUCGGCGGGUUUCAGGACACUUCCCAGCAGACCAGGUAUCUCAACGAUACGUGGAUCUUUGACUGCAAGGAGAACGUCUGGCACGAAAUGAAAGCUCCACCCGCGUCUCAGAAGCCUGAUCCGCGUUCCUCGUUCAGUUUCCUCCCGCAUGAAACCGGUGCCGUGCUGUUCGGAGGGUAUUCGCGUGUCAAAGCCACAUCUACCACCGGUAAACAGAGCAAAGGCGGUGGACCUCUAGUUCGCAACAUUCUCAAGCCGCUCGUGCACCAAGACACAUGGUUCCUUCGGAUCACACCUCCUCCCGCCGAAGCUCCGAGCGGCACGCCACCGACGCUGCGUUGGGAACGACGCAAGAGGCCCGCAAAUGCACCCAACCCACCACGUGCGGGUACCACCAUGUCCUACCAUAAGGGACGUGGAGUGGCCGUCGGCGGUGUCCACGAUGUCGAGGAGAGCGAGGAGGGCAUCGACAGCGAAUUCUUCAACGACCUGUUCAUCUGGAACAUCGAUCGCAACCGCUUUUUCCCGCUCACAUUGAGACGGCCAAAAGCUGGAGGCAAGAAACAGGGGCAAGCCCAGCGAGGCCGCGAUCGAGGGAAGGCGGACGAGGAGGAGCUUCUGCGAAACCUGGCUGCGUUACAAACUAAGGGGUCGCUGGUUGGGGCCGAUGAGAUUGAUAUCGAGCCAGCCACUCGCAACGACGAGCCUGAGCCCACAAAAAAGGAGUUCCCCGUGCGUUUUGAGAUGCCGCAUCCUCGCUUCAAUGCGCAGCUCUGUGUUCAGGACGACGCGCUCUAUAUCUUUGGCGGCACCUUCGAAAAGAAAGAUGUAGAGAUCACGUUUUCAGAUCUUUACGCCGUGGAUCUCGGCAAGUUGGACGGUGUCAAGGAACUCUAUUACACGGAGCCGGCCAACUGGAACGUGACAAACCAAGAUAGCGACGACGAAAUGGCUGACGAUGAUGACGACGAAGACGAGGAUGGAUCUGACAUGGAUUCGGAAGAAGAAGACAAUGAUACGAUAAUGUCGGUCGACGCUCCCUCAACGGCACCUACAGAGGUGACUGUCCCACCUCCAGAAGCGGAGACGGCCACCGAGACGGAGCCUGAGACGAGCGCAGAGCAGGACUCGCGGCCCUUCCCACGCCCGUUUGAGACUCUGAGGGACUUCUACGCUCGUACUUCGGAAGACUGGCAAAGAAUCGUGCUUGACUCCAAGAAGACCGGAGCCAGUGCAUCCGCGUCGAGUGAACAGUCCGUGAAAGAACUUCGCAAGGCGGCAUUCGCGCAGGCCGAGGAGAGAUGGUGGGAUUGCAGAGAAGAGAUCCGAAAUCUCGAGGACGAACAAGAAGCCGCAGGUAUCGGUGAGGUUAUAAGCAUGGCGGAGCGCGGGACGGAGAGUGCAGCAGCAAGGAGGCGCUGA